AUGCUCACGUACAAUCUGAGUUAUGCAUUUACCCCAGACACCAACGUCACAGGUCUUCUGCUGCAACAAAACAUAUCCAAAGCAUUGGGAGGGCAAGGAGUCAACGGCGAAACACCAGACUACGUCGACGGUGCCCUCCUGGCUAAUGACAAUGAAUUCUUCUUCUAUGGCGGCUUACCGCUUCGAAAUACCAUACAAUAUGCAGAUCCAACCGCACAUGGCCUCUAUGUCUAUCAGGCCUACCAGUACGGAGCUAAGAAACCUCUUUUCGACGCAGGACUUCAUAGAUUGGACAACUUGCCCAACAGUGUGAGCCAGUUUGUCACCUACGGGGGUGCAGCCAAUGCUCCAUCCGAGAACCUCGCUUGGUACUUCUCUGGCCAGACCUCCCCGUCUGGCAAGUCAAUCUUUCAAAAUUACAAUGCUACCACGAGACCAUCAAGGAUUACAAACUCCCUGAUAACGGUUGAUAUGACCACACAAGGAGACGAGACGUGGAGCAACAAGACUACUACAGCCAAGGGCCGCGCAAAUCCUGCGCUGGUUUGGGUUCCUGUUGGCGCGAAAGGCAUGCUCGUCGCUCUUGGGGGUGUCACCUUUCCAUACUAUGACAAUGCAAGCCAAAGGACUACCAAUGCCACAGCUAGUGAAUCUCAAAGCCCGGCAUUUAUGCGUGUUAUUGAUGUUUAUGACGUCGCCAGCGGCAAGUGGUAUACGCAACCAACUACAAAUGGGCCCAGCGCCCGAGCUCGUGGAUGCGCUGUCGUGGCCACAGCAUCCGACAGCUCCAGCUACAACAUCUAUUACUAUGGUGGUACCGAAGGCCUUGACGCUGCAAGUCCAUUUUACGAUGACGUCUGGGUUCUCUCUCUCCCAUCUUUCACGUGGACUCAGAUCAACGACGGCAAGGAUUCCCACGCGCGAGCAGGGCAUCAGUGCUUCACUCCGUACCCGGAUCAAAUGAUGAUCAUUGGUGGAGAGACAACCGCCGCAGGCUCAUCAAUAACAUGUUUGGAGGAUGGGCCUGUUGUCAUGUUCAACUUGACCAGUGGAAAAUGGAUGGACUCUUAUGAUCCUACCGUAUAUGGCGAGUAUGGCGUCCCUGACAAAGUUCAAGCUGUGAUUGGAGGCAAAGCAUCCGGCGGUGCAACUGCUACCCAGCCGGUUGUCUCUGGCUGGGCAACACCGGAUCUUGGCAAAGCAUUCGCUACGACCUAUGACCAAAAGAAAAUCUCAACUUACUGGCCAUACCCAGCAGCUCAGACGGCCAACCCUCCAGCAGAAUCGCCACAGCCGCCAACACCACCGUCUAAAUCCGGAGGAUUGCCAUCGUGGGUAGGGCCAGUGCUGGGUGUCAUUCUGGGUCUCAUUGCCCUCACCUGCAUCAUUGUCUUGUUUUGUCUCUGGCGGCGGCGAAAGAACCUUAAGAACCGCUCGAGCACCAACACCAGCGAGGAAGCCGGUCGGAGGAUCCUCUCGUGGAUCCGAGGACAACCUCCCACCCACAAGGCCCCGACGGAAACGACUACCGAGGGCACGCCAGGGAGUCCAGACAUGCGGGAGUAUUUCCAUGGCAGUUUUACGCCGUCGAACUCGGCAUCUGUUCCUCCUCAGAUUCACGAAGUGGCCGAUACGCAAUUGGUGGAACUCGAUGAUACGACCCGAGUUGAACUUCAAGAUACAGGGCUAUCACCGAUGGACAUCCGUGCGCGGUAUUCUCACUGGUUCCAAGGCAGGUCCGACGAUGGCUUGCCCAGCCCAACGAGAAGCUCUCUUCGGAGCACUUCUCUGCGGAAUACGAUUUCUCCGAUAAAGGACAGAAACAGCGUCAUAUCACAACCUGCUGGGCUGGGCGACUCUCCUUCUCCUCCAGUACCCGGAUCCAGUGAAAAUGAUGAAAAAUCGUUGUUGCCCACCCCUGAACCGGUAGCCACCCCUGCAGGAGAGGACAAACAGCCAUCGGAUGAGUCGGCCAGGACUUCAGAGGGCCACGAGUUUGUAGUUUCUCCUCCAACGGCGGAGGAGAACCCCGGGGAUGACUAUUUGACGGUAAAGAAGUCAUCUUCAAAUAGCCCGACUACUCGAAAAAGUGUGUUCCAGGAACAUCAUGAAGAUUAG